AUGGCCGACGCCGCCGCGCUGGUCGCCGUGCCGCCGCCGCAGGCGCAGCAGCGGCACCCGCUGAGCCAGAUCGCGGCGAGCGGGACGCACCGGCUGCUGCUCAAGCAGUGGCUCAAGGAGGAGGACCUGCUGGCGCGCCGCGUCGCGCUGCGGGAGGCCCGCCUCGACGGCGCGCGCAAGGAGAUCGCCUUCCUCUACUGCGCCUUCUUCGCCUUCCACGCCGCAUCCGUCCUCGUCCUCUUCCUCUCCGCCGCCAUCCCGUCCCCCGGCCCGUCGUCCUCCUCCUGCCGCCGCUCCUGGAUCCCCUGCCUCGUCUCGCUGCUCGCCUCCCUGGCCAUGCUGUGGGCGCUGCGGUACAAGGCGGACACGGAGGCCGUGCUGGAGCGGGUGCUGGCGCGGGAGCAGGAGGACGCCGCGCUGCUCGGCCGCUGCGUCGCCGAGCUCAAGCGCAAGGGGCUCGAGUUCGACCUGCUCAAGGAGGUGGACGCGCUGCGCAGGGCCAAGGCCCUCCGCGUCGAGGCCAAGGCCGGCGCGGGCGGCGCCGACGGACCCAGGCGCUGGCCCGCCAGGGACCUCCCCGUCUUCGCCCUCUUCGCCGCCGCCUGCGGUGUCCUCAUGCUCACCAGGUUCCUAACUCUGAGAACAAAAUUACCCUCUCAAACCUCAGUGAUUGUGAUUGUUCAGUGA